AUGGUUGCAGAAAAAAAGAAUCAAAAGGAUAAAAAUGGAAACACAGCUGUUUUAUUAGCUUGUAAAAGAGGACAUUUGGGAAGCUUAAAAGCAUUAUUUAAUAAUUCUGCGAGUAUUUCAGAUGUUGACAACUCAGGAUUUAAUGCUUUACAAUUAGCAGCGUCUGGUGGCCAUGUUGAAGUUGUUCGCUUUUUAUUAGAUAAUAAUGUUGACAUUCAUUAUGUUAAUACAUCUGGCAGAAAUGCGAUAAUGGAGGCGGCUAUAAAUGGACACACCGAAACUGUUAAAAUUUUGCUGACAAAAAAUGUGGAUGUAAAUCUGAAAGACAAUAAUGGAUCUACAGCGCUAUUAUUAGCAACUGAGCAAGGUCACCUAACUUGUAUUAAAUUAUUGCUAAAAAGUAAGGGGAAUUUAUAUGCUGUAGACAACAAAGGAUGCGACGCUUUGCUGAUAGCUGCCCGUGAAGGCCACACCGAAAUCGUCUGCUUUUUGUUGGAAGAAAAACCUAAUAUUGAAGCAGUAGAUAACCUGGGUCUUAAUGCGCUAAUGUAUUCCUCGUAUAUGGGACAUGUUGAUAUCGUUAAGAUUUUGUUGACGCAGUCGAUUAAAGUCUGCGAAAAAAAUUCAAUGGGUACAAACGCUUUGUUACUUGCUUGUUCGAAAGGACAUUUUAAAAUUAUGGAAUUAUUGCUUCAAAAUAAUGCAAAUAUCUUUGAUGUUGACAAUAAUGGAAACAAUGCUUUAAUGCAUGCUGUAAAAUCAGGUCAUACAAACGUGGUUAAAUUUCUCUUAGAUAGAAAUGUUGAUGUAAACUUUAUCAAUAAUAAUAAUGGUUUAAAUGCUUUCAUGGUAGCUGCUUUUAUGGGACAUUUUGAGAUUGUUGAAUUUUUAUUGACAAAGUCGGUUGACAUCAACAUAAAGAAUAAAAGAGGUACAACAGCAAUGCUACUUGCUUGUUCAAAAGGACACGUGGAAAUUGUAAAAUUAUUACUACAACAUAAAUCCAAUUUGUAUGAUGUUGAUAAUAAUGGAAACAACGCUUUCAUACAUGCUGCUAAAGGUGGACAUACAGAGAUGCUGAAGUUUUUGUUAGAGCAAAAUAAAGAAACAUGUGAGUCUAAGAGCAAACAAAUCUUUGAUGGUCCUUGCUAUUUUCAACAAGAUGGGUUUUCAAAAAGACAAACUUUAAAUAUUAAUGAAAAGAAUGUUGAUGGAGUAACUGCUUUACUAUGUGGUUGUAGAAAAGGACAUUUAGAAAUUGUAAAAUUAUUGCUUCAUCAUGGAGCAAAUGUAUCUGAUGUUGAAGUAAAUGGAAAAAAUGCUUUGCUACUUGCUGCAAUAAUGGGGCACAAGGAAAUUGUUCAGCUUCUUUUAAGUGAAUAUGGUGAAAUUACCAAUGUUCACAAAUUUGGUAGCAAAACCUUAAUGGCUGCUUCCUUUAUGGGGCAUGGUGAAAUAGUUAAUAUUUUAUUGCAACAUUCGAUUGAUAUUGAUUUGCCUGAUAAAAAUGGAUCUACUGCAUUAUUGAUUGCAUGUUAUCAAGGACAUUUGAAUGUUGUAAAAAUAUUACUUGCACAUAAUGCUAGUCUGUCUGUUGUUGAUAGAGACGGGUAUAAUGCAUUACUUUGUGCCACAACAGGGGGUCAUUUAGAUGUGGUUAAAUUUCUGUUAGACCAAUGUGCAAAUAUGAACCCAAUUGAUAAACUGGGUAUAAAUGCGCUUAUGAUAGCUGCAUUUAUGGGGCAUUUUGAGAUUGUUGAUUAUUUGUUUACAAAAUCAUUUAAUGUUAACGAAAAAUGUAAAAGAGGCACAACAGCAUUACUACUUGCUUGUUCGAAGGGCCAUUUGAGAACUGUUGAGCUACUACUAAAGCAUAAUGCCAACUUGUUUCAUGUAGACAAUAAAGGAAACAACGUCUUAAUGCGAGCUGCACAAAGCGGUUGCAUAGAGUUGAUAGAGCUGCUGAUGCAUGAAAUAGAAGUUUCGUUAAACAAUAUUCAAACAAAUACGAUAAAUAAUGAUCAAAUAAAGUGCUGUGACGAAACAGAUGCUUAUGUAUGUAAAAAGCAUUCAAUUAUAAAUCAAAAGAAUGUCUAUGGUGUUACUGCAUUAUUAUUUGCCUGCACAAAAGGUCAUUUUAAUAUCGUACAAUUACUGUUUCAAUAUAAUGCUAAUCUGUAUGAUGUUGAUAAUGAUGGAAACAAUGCAUUAAUUAGAACGGCACAAGGAGGGAACAUGGAGUUAAUGAAGUUCCUUUUAGAUAUGAAUACAUAUGUUAUUUCUAAUGACUCAAGUUUAACAACUCCGCUUCCGUGCACAACAUGUAAGUGCUCACCCCAAAACAUAGACAAUCUAUCGAAAAAUGCCUUGAACAUAAACGAAAAGAAUAAACAUGGUGUUACUGCCUUAUUACUGGCUUGUUCAAAGGGACACGUAAAAACAGUAGAGUUAUUGCUGCAACAUAAUGCGAAUUUGUUUGAUGUUGAAAUAAAUGGAAAUAAUGCUUUACUUCUGGCUGCAAAAAUGGGUCAUACAAAAAUAAUUGAGAUUCUCUUAGACAGAAAUGUUGAAAUAAGCUAUGUGAAUAAAUUUGGAAGAAAUGCUCUAAUGGUGGCUUCUUUUUUAGGGCAUCUUGAGACUGUGAAACUUUUGUUGACAAAAUCAUUCAAUAUUAACAACCAGGACAAAAACGGUUUCACCGCUUUGCUGCUUGCUUGUUCUCAAGGGCAUGUCAAAAUUGUAGAGUUACUACUACAAAAUAAGGCUAGUCUAAAUGACGUUGAUAUUGACAGAAGCAACACUUUAAUUCGUGCUGCACAAGGCGGACAUAUGGAGGUGCUGCAGUUUCUAUUAGAUAAAAAUGUUCAGUUGAACUCAAUAAAUAAAUUUGGAAGAAAUGCUUUUUUGCAAGCUGUAUUUAUGGGACAGGCUGAAACAGUAAGCGUUUUGCUGAGAAAAACGAAGGAAUUCGUCCUAAACCAUGAGAAUUUAGUUGCAGCAACAUUACUUUCUUGUAGACUAGGGCAUCUCCAAGUUGUGAAAACCUUAGUUGAACACAAUGUAAACUUGAAUUGUGUUAACAGUGACGGGUCUAAUACAUUACUAUUAGCUGCCUCUGGUGGUCAUACAAAUGUGGUUACUUUUCUGUUAGACAAUAAUGUUGAUAUUCGUUUAGUAAACAGAUUUGGUAGAAAUGCGGUCAUGGAAGCUGCUUUAAACGGACACACCGAAACUAUUAAAAUGUUGCUGACAAAGAAAUUUAAUGUAAAUCAGAAAGACAAUAAUGGAUCUACAGCGAUUUUAUUAGCCAGUAAGCAAGGGCACCUACAUUGUAUAAGGUUAUUGCUAAAAAAUAACGCACACUUAAAUGAAGUAGAUAAUAAAGGAUGCAGCAUAUUAUUAAACGCCGCUUGGGGAGGACAUCCAGAAAUAAUAACUUUUUCAAUGGGCCAAAAUUUUGACAUUAACUCAGUUGAUAUGCAAGGUUUUAAUGCGCUAAUGAUUAGUUCUUAUAAAGGUCAUGUCAAUACCGUUAAGUUUUUAUUAACAAAGUCCAUUGACAUACAUAGCAAGUCUAAAAGUGAUUCUACGGCAAUCUUGUUGGCUAGUGCGCAAGGACAUGUCCAAAUUGUUAAAUUACUACUUCAACACAAUGCAAGUUUGUUUGAUGUUGAUAAUGACGGAAACAACGCGUUACUACUUGCUGCCAAGUAUGGUCAUACAGAAUUAGUUCAACUUCUAGUGGACAAUGCUGGUGCUAUUGACACGUUAAAUAUUUUUGGAAGAAAUUCACUAAUGGAAGCCGCAUUAAAUGGACAUACGGAUAUAGUUAAAUUCUUUUUAGCUAAAGACAUUGACAUCAACCUCAAAGAUCUCUCUGGGUGUUCCGCAUUACAACUGGCGAUUAGAAACAAUAACAUGAAAACUGUUGAAUUGUUACUAGAACAUCACGCAAGGCUGCAGGAUAUUAAAACAUUAUACUUAAAAGAGAAUUAUUUCCGCUGGUAA